GUACCCACUGCGCAUGCGUGAGAAGCACUGCACUUUGUGCAGUCUCUGGUCAUCUCCUGUACUAUGUCCGCAGUCUCUGGUCAUCUCCUGUACUAUGUCCGCAGUCUCUGGUCAUCUCCUGUACUAUGUCCGCAGUCUCUGGUCAUCUCCUGUACUAUGUCCGCAGUCUCUGGUCAUCUCCUGUACUGUGUCCGCAGUCUCUGGUCAUCCCCUGUACUGUGUCCGCAGUCUCUGGUCAUCUCCUGUACUAUGUCCGCAGUCUCUGAUCAUCUCCUGUACUGUGUCCGCAGUCUCUGGUCAUCUCCUGUACUGUGUCCGCAGUCUCUGGUCAUCUCCUGUACUGUGUCCGCAGUCUCUGGUCAUCCCCUGUACUGUGUCCGCAGUCUCUGGUCAUCUCCUGUACUAUGUCCGCAGUCUCUGAUCAUCUCCUGUACUAUGUCUGCAGUCUCUGGUCAUCUCCUGUACUAUGUCCGCAGUCUCUGGUCAUCUCCUGUACUGUGUCCGCAGUCUCUGGUCGUCUCC